UGUCACCACGCGCUACACGUACGCCGUCAGUACAUCAGCGUGCGACAGGGAUAUGUCACGCAGGUGGUGACCGUGGAUUUUGAGCAUUCCAAAACCUUGGGGCGCCGCGAGUUACCGCGCGUCACUGCAUACGCCACCACGUGUCACCACGGGCCAACCAAUUUUUAGGAUGUCGCGCGAAUGACGUGCUAAUGUCGCCCAAGUUGGGCAGGCCAUAAACCUAAGCCUAAUGUUUGCAAAAUUCAUUUCCUAAAGUAACUAAGUCUCCUGUGUUGUUUCACAUGCUCCUUUGGUUCGAGCGGGCUACAGAGUUUAUGAAAACCGUUGAGCUGAAAGCAAAUGAGUCUCUCGUGACUUUGGUUGAAGAUAUCUUUGACACUGCAUUGGUAAUUUGCAAAUGCAGCGGGGAAGGCCAAAUUCAGCUCCUGGAUGGUUUCCUACUACAACUAGGCCAUGGUGUGACUGACUUCCGUCUCAAAAUUACUAUAAGACUGGAGGCCUUGAGAACCUUUAAUUCGAUGCUUGAUUUAAUCUCUCGUGAGAGGAAGAUAAAAUUUCACUUGUCUGAAGAAGCACAUGGUUUAAUGCUUGACCUGGCAAAAACGAUCCUGGAUGUUGGCGACUAUGAAAUUCAGGUCGCCAUUUCUGAGGCAUUGUGCCGAAUGACCGAAAGGAAGACGCGGGAGACGCUUAUUGAUACGUGGUUUGACGAGCGGAAUGGAAACGCAUUCAAAGAGAUUAAAGACUUUGAAUUUGAAACCGACUGCCGAAAAUUUCUCAACAGACUGAACGCAAGCCUUUUGAAUAAAAGAAGAGUCUACACUUAUCCCUGUAACUCUGCUUUCCUAGAUCUGAAUGAGUUGAAGAUGCCAGCUGAUGAUAAACUGGAGAACUUCUGGAUUGACUUCAACCUGGGCAGUCACAGUGUGACGUUCUUCAUCAAGGAUGAUCACGAUGCUGAGAAUGACCUCUGGGAAACAGUCAGCUUGUCAUAUGAAGCUGUCAAAACUUUUGUUGUGGAAGACGUAGUGAGCGCAACAAUCCUCGUUAUAAACUUGAAGGGAACGCUGUUGGUCAACAAGAAGGAAGGCAAGAAGGUGAAAAUAUAUUUUGACUCUACAUUUGAUAUCCUGGAGGCCGCCAAGCUGGUGUACGGCGUGGAAAAGAUGCUGACAAACAUUGGAAGUGAGUGUCUCCCAACCGAGCUGCCUGAGAUAUCACUGGCCGUCAGUGAUGGGGAGCUGGAGAGGAAGUCUGGCUCCGUGCACGCCGACUGGCAAAGACGCCACAGCGACACAGAGGGCGAACACCGCAAAUCAUUCAAGAAACCUAGUAACUUAAAGAGUAUGUCGCCCUUGGCUGCCGGCAAAGGUAGUCUUCGAAAUUCUUCAAACUCUGUGGGAAGCAAAGGUGUAUUAUCAGCGCAAAACCAAAAGGUUGAGAGUGGUGAAGAUGUACAAAGUCCGGAUUCUAAGGAAGAUCCGACUCUCGAUGAAGUUUUCACCAGGGCGACAACUGCUGAAUCAAAGGUCACGGUAAACCUUAAUUUCACCAGCCUCUCACAGCACGGAAACAGGCCCUUCAUCCCAACCUGUCCGCGCCGACAAACAUGUCCCAUCUACCCCACGCUCUGCCCACAUCCCUCGAAACCUUUCCCAUCCAUGUGUCCCUGAUGCUGUCUGCUUACGUCCUACUCCGACACAUCUUCUGCCGAUGCUCGCGGGUAUCGUGCCGGCCAUGCUUGGCAGAGUACUUCACCCACAGGCUGGUGUGCAAGGCCCCAUUGGAUGCCAAAUAUCCUCCGCACCACCUUGCCCAGGGCCCGCAGCGACUGGGACCUCAACGCCUGUCAUCUCGUCGCCCAUUCUCCCGAAAACACAGCGACCUUCUGGCUCUGGUUUCAACACACUAGGAGCACAGAGAACCACCUGGGAACAGCCCACACGACCUCUGCAAUUCACUAUUGCACCGAACACCACAGCCCGACCUGGCUCGGACCUGACCCGCAGCGAGUGGGUCGCCCUGAACCGGCUCCGUACAGGGGUCGGCCGGUUCAACGGUAACAUGCAUCGCUGGGGGCUGCAUUCGACCGCGCUGUCCUCCGCCGCCCCCUGGUGGAGUGGUAGACCUCAUGGCCCUCACCAACAGCACAUUGAACUGGCUAUAGCGCCUGGAGGCAGUCACAUAACCUCUGCUGCCUCAAACCCAGGAAGAAGAUCCAGGUAUCUGACCAAGUGUCUUAUAGAUGUCACUAUAGUCCCUGCCUCAACUGCCUCCUCCGGCAGCUCGUUCCACACACCCACCACCCUCUGUGUGCAAGAAGUUGCCCCUCGGGUUCCUUUUAAAUCUUUCUCCUCGCACCUUAAACCAUUCCCUCUGGUUCUUGAUCCCGAUAGGCUGUAUG